AUGAAUGCUUCUGGCUUGAUACAAAUUGGCCUCAUACUGUUGUGCAUCACCACCAUCUUCAGUAUUCAGUGUAAUCACCUUCCUGUACAGCAAAGAAAAGUGGUCGAGAACAGCCUGCAACUUCUGGACAAAAUGGGCAAAAGGUUUCCUCAACAAUGUCUAAGAGAGAAAAUGUCCUUCAGAUUUCCUAAGCAGGUUCUAAAGCCCAGACAGAAAGAAACUGUCAAAGUGGCCAUCGAAGAGAUUUUCCAACACAUCUUCUAUAUCUUCAGCAAAAAUCUGACUCUAGCUGCUUGGAAUGGGACAGCUCUAGAACAAUUCCAAAAUGGACUUUAUCAGCAAAUUGAGCAACUGGAAGCAUGUGUAAUCAAGAAGCAUACCCAUUACUUUCGGAGUAAAGAAGUCAACAGGCUGAAACUGAAAAAGUACUUCCACAAAAUAGAUUGUUUUCUUAACGACAAACAACACAGCCUGUGCUCCUGGGAGAUCAGCCGUGCAGAAAUGAGGAGAUGUCUUCAACUGAUUGAUAAAGUCAUAAGGAAGCUUAACAACUAA